AUGGAUAUUUCAGCGGGUAUGCGUCGGAGGAAGGGCACCCAUCCAGCGGAAGCCGGGAAUAACGAUCAAAGAGAAGUAGACAUAAAGUUUGAUUCUUCAGCUGCGAAUGCUCCUGGACUCAAGAACCCGCAGGAGCAAUCCUCCUCGGAGCCUAGCUCUUCGGCAAAGGCUGCGGAUGCUGGAGAUGAGUUCAUCAAUAAUUUCGUUACAGAUUUAGCGCCCCUUCUUGCAUUGUUUGGCGAGAGAGUUGCAACGCAAUUUAUGAGCGAGUCUUUCACAAUUGCCGACAGUAUCAUCUUUGCCGUUGCUCCAUUGGGUAUCAUGACGGCCAUGGUUGGUGCUAUUAGGGUUGGAGGCCCUAACGAAUUCAGGGCUAUCAUUGGGCGUGCAAAAGAGAGCCGCUCUACUGUUGAGCUGGAGUUGAUGUCCUCGACCUCAACUGAGGUUUGCGAAUUAUGGAACGGUGAUGGGAUCGUGAGAGUGCUUGGAAGAUCUAUCAUCGAAUUGAUUUAUGUUGUCCCCGACGAUGACAACCCCAACAUAUCUGAACAAACCGCCCUACAGAUGUGGCAGGAUGACCUUGGAAUAUACGGUUUCGAUUCAGCAUUGAAUCAGAAGGGGGAAAAAGACUUCUGA